AUUCCGAACGAUAUUGGAAAUCAGACGGGAUCAACUGUUUCUUCGAGCCCAAUGGACCUAAUGGCUGGCUGGCUGGAGCUCGUGCAUUCCCCGAGCCAUCGGACAGUCACAACCUGCUCAAAAACUUCUUCCAUUGCUGUCCCCGCGCCCGUCUUCGAGACGUCUACUAUCAGCCGAGCCAUCAGAGAAAGAGAGCCUCUAACCCCUUCAUUUUCGGCCCAAAUCCUGCCAUCCGGGGGCUAUCCAUGCCCGUACCAGCCGAGCCGUGGCGCGCCACACACCGACAACAGAGUCCGACGCACAUGCGGUGUUGCCGAGGUCAAGCCCCGACCUCCGGCCACAGCUUAUUCGAUUGAAAGUCUUUUGGCCGGCAGCGAUUCGUCUUCGUCGUCGACUUCCGCGUCGGCUUCGUCGGCGUCUUCGUCUUCAGACAUCGAGCCGGAAGAGGCUGUCCGACCGGAGGACGUUGACAACGUCGUCGGCGUUAGUGGCGGUGGUACCUCGUCGAGUCUGCUCAAUCUGCCCUCGUCACCGUCGAUCGCAUCCUCUUCGGUGUCGCCGGAUGUUUCACCCAGCGCCAGAUCGCCCGAGGCGAAGCAGAGCCCCUUCGGAUUGGUCGGUGGGCAGACGACUCGAGCCGUCUCGUCUCGACCGGACUCUACACCGACUUCCGCGCGUCCACGACCCCUCAUCAACUGCCUGGCACCACCACCACCCCUCGAUCCCUUCACAGCGGGACUCGGCAGUCGUCUUUUGCCAGCCAGUUCUUCUUCUGGCCAGGCGACUCCUGAACUCACCAUCACAACCGCUCUCAUGACCAGCCUACUUCGGCAGUACACCCAACAACCGCACUUGUCGAGUCCGUCGAGUCCGUCGUCAUGUCGACGUCAGGCACCGGCAGACAUGGCUCAACGUACCGCCUUGAUUUGCGCGCUCGUCUCCGGUCUGAAUCAAUCACCGACAGUCUGGCCCCUGCCGAAGUAUUGCCCCGUCCCCGUCCAGUCGGACAAGGCGUCUACUCAUCUGCAUCCACCUCCCCCCCUCCUCGUCGACUUGCAAUAUGCUCCGCCCGGACCUCCUCAACUCUCCAGACGUCCUCCCCUACCGACAGAUAUCUCCGUCUCACUGCAACAACACAUCACAGACAUCACAGACCCUCGAACGCGCCAGAGGCAUGUCUACGAACAACCAGUCGCGAUGGCAUCCUAUGCCGUCUCUGAGGCGGUCGCUUCUGAGACGGGCUCACUUGCACCGCUCAUGUCCUCCCAACUCCGACCAAUGCCUUCUUUUAGCCCCUCGUCCCUACGACGACACGCAGUCUCGCCCGACAACUGUCACAUACAACCAAAUCCACCGGCUACUUGGGUUGACCGUUGCCCUGGCGACGGCCAAUCAGAAGAGGCCGUCCGCGGACUCUGGCAACUGGCAGCUGCUGCGGCGGCAGCAGCUGCUGCCGUGGCUGUGGUGACCAUUUCGCCCGGUUGUCAAGGCAACAAUAUGCCAACUACUGCCUACCUUCCCAAUCUCGGUUGUGACAUGGUGCCGUUGGCCACGUCGACGGAACCGAGCCAACUCGCGUCUCCACGUCCGUUGGUGCCGAUGAGCGGUCGACCGAGCGUGUCUUGUUCGAGCACACUUUUGGGCGACGAGGCUGUUGCCGGAAGUGGGGCACGCGGUAAGUCGACGAUGGCACGAUUUGCUUCCGGUUCGUCCUCCGGCCGGCUGGAUCAGUUCGAGGAGGAGUUCAAUUCAGUUGUGGGUCCCGAGUUGACCUCGACACUUUCGCCCUGUCUAACUGGUCUGCGUUGCGGUGGCAACAGUCUGGCCAGCCUACUUUUGAUGCCGAGUCCGCCAGGCUUGCGGGCGGCUACGCCUGCAACCUGUCCGAUGGGUGACCCAGUCGACGGCAGCCGCUUGGCACAAAACGUCAGUGCCACCGGUUGCUGUAGCCCUAGUGACAGACCACUCGAAGACACCCAAUUGCCGAUCGCCGAUCUCCCAGCCUCGCAUAUCACAGCUCGCCUCAGCCCAAACCUAAACAAG